GUGUGACAGGCCGGUGACACCACCCACCCACCCACACACACACACACACACACACACACACACACACACGCACACACACCGCGCACACGCACUCGCACAGCAACGGCUGGAAUCGGGCGUCUCGGUUGAUUUCCGGGUCGACGCGAUAAAGACGUGACCCUGUGCGGUAGUCGUCACCAUGGCAGAAGCUCACCAGGCGGUGGCCUUCCAGUUCACCGUCACUCCCGAUGGCAUCGACAUGCAGCUGUGCAGCGAGGCCCUGCGCCAGAUCUACCUCUCGGGCCUCCACUCCUGGAAGAAGAGGUUCAUUCGCUUCAAGAAUGGGGUUAUGACUGGUGUGUACCCGGGCAGCCCAGGUGGCUUCAUGAUCGUGGUUGUGUCCUACAUGUCCUACCAUAAAUACCGACAGCUGGAUCCCUCUCUGGGGUUGAUAGCCAAACUGGGCCAACACAUACCGAUCAGUCGAUACAUUUCCACAGAGAACCAGAUGAUAGUGGGAGGAAUCCUGGUGGGAACUGGCCUGUGGGUCUCCAUAAUCAUGAUAAUGAGGAAUGCCCUGAAAAGCCUGUUGUCGUGGCACGGCUGGAUGCACGCACGCCACGGCUCUGUGUCCUAUUCUACCCGUCUGUGGAUGUUAUUAGUGAAGGUGUUCUCUGGCAGGAAGCCCAUGCUCUAUAGCUUCCAGAACUCGCUGCCAAGACUACCUGUCCCCUCGGUCAAGGACACCUGCAGAAGGUACCUGGAGUCAGUGCGCCCGCUGAUGGAUGAUGAGCAGUAUAACCGUAUGAAGGACCUGGCUAAAGACUUUGAGGAGAACCUGGGACCCAGGCUGCAGUGGUACGUCAAACUCAAGUCGUGGUGGACCUCCAACUAUGUGAGCGACUGGUGGGAAGAGUAUAUUUACCUCAGAGGCCGUGGACCCAUCAUGGUCAACAGCAACUAUUAUGCCAUGGACUUCCUGUACGUGUUCCCCACUUCCAUCCAGGCGGCCCGGGCCGGUAACGCAAUCCACGCUAUCAUGCUCUACAGGAGGAAGCUGGACAGAGCGCAGAUCAAACCUAUUUACUUGCUGGCGAACAAGGUUCCACUGUGUUCGGCUCAGUGGGAGCGGAUGUUUAACACCACCCGCGUCCCCGGUUUGGAGACAGACGUCCUCCAGCACACGAACGAGAGCAAACACAUCGCUGUGUACCACAAGGGCCGUUUCUACAAGGUGUGGAUGUUUUACGACGGGCGGCUGCUGCUGCCCCGGGAGAUCGAGCAGCAGAUGGAGAGGAUCCUGGCGGACACGUCGGAGCCCCAGAAGGGAGAGGAGAGACUCGCUGCCCUCACGGCAGGGGAGAGGACCCCUUGGGCAAACGCCCGCGAGGCCUUCUUCAGCCGUGGUAAGAACAAGCAGUCCCUGGACGCCAUUGAGAAGGCCGCCUUCUUUGUGACCCUCGACGAGACAGAGCAGCGCUUCGACGCAGCCAAUCCCGUCACGUCUCUGGACAGUUACGCCAAAUCCCUGCUGCAUGGAAACUGCUACGACAGGUGGUUUGACAAAUCCUUCAACCUGAUCGUUUUCAAGAAUGGCACCAUGGGGCUGAACGCAGAGCACUCCUGGGCCGAUGCUCCCAUCAUUGGUCAUCUGUGGGAGCACGUUCUCUCCAUGGACCCUCUGAAGCUGGGAUACGCUGACUCUGGUCACUGCAAGGGGGAGCCCCACCCCAACCUGCCCGGCCCUCAGAGGCUGCAGUGGGACAUCCCUGCUGAGUGCCAGGAAACCAUCCAGAGCUCCCUGACAGUAGCCCAGAAUCUGGCGGAUGAUGUGGACUGUCACAUUAUCCCCUUCGCUGACUUUGGGAAGGGUCUGAUCAAGAAGUGCCGCACCAGUCCUGACGCCUUCAUCCAGAUCGCCCUGCAGCUCGCCCACUACAGGGACAAAGGGAAGUUCUGCCUGACGUACGAAGCCUCCAUGACGCGGUUGUUCCGUGAAGGCCGAACAGAAACCGUGCGCUCCUGCACCAUGGAAACCUGUGCCUUUGUUCAAGCCAUGGUUAAAGACGAGACAAGAGAGGAGCGCCUCAACCUGCUCAAGCUGGCAGCGGAGAAGCACCAGAACAUGUACCGCCUGGCGAUGACGGGACAGGGCAUCGACCGCCACAUCUUCUGUCUGUACGUGGUGUCCAAAUACCUGGGAGAAGACUCAGCUUUCCUCAAAGGGGUGCUGUCUGAGCCGUGGAGGCUGUCCACCAGUCAGACCCCCCUGCAGCAGGUCGACCUGUUCGAUCUGGUCAAACACCCAGAAUAUGUGUCGUCCGGCGGUGGAUUUGGUCCGGUGGCUGACGAUGGUUACGGUGUCUCCUACAUCAUCGUCGGUGAGAACCUCAUCAACUUCCACAUCUCCAGCAAACGCAUGAGCCAUGAAACCGACUCGCACCGGUUUGGCAGCAACAUCAAACGAGCCAUGCUGGAGAUCCUGGAUCUGUUUCAGCUGGACAAGAAAACCAAGUGAUCCUCCCUCCACACAGGAACACUGUUUUUUUAGCAGAACAUACUCUUCCUCAUACUUGUACAGAAUCAAAUGUUGGAUUUUUGGGGUUAUUUAAAGCUAAAAGUGAUGUUACGCAAGCAAGAACGACUGAGAAGUUUAUUUUGGAGACAUUACUGUCAGUAGCUGUGAAGCUUUUAUGUGUAAUGUGUGUACAGGAGGGGCGAGACUCUGGUGGUGUAGGGGUACGGGUCGUGCGCAGAUCAAAGUUGUAAUUUACAGAACUGUAAACACUGACACCUAGAAUUUGAUUAACAUGACUCGUGUAAAAAAGGGCUGAAAGGGAGGAGAAUAAUAGUGGAUCUAGUCGGAGAUGAAAUAAGAGACGGUAUAGGAUAGUUCAUUUGCAUCAUCCCAUAUUUGGAUUGCAGUUUAAAACGUGAAAGAUGCUAAAUAUAUUUACUUGUUUUUGUCCAAUUUUAAAAAAAAAAAAAAAAAAAAAAAAAAAAGUCCAAUCAAUUCUUAAUUUCUGUUUUUCAAGUUUCCUCAUUGAGUUGAAUGUAAUUGGCCAAACGGCAAACCUGGUGUAAGGUUGAACAGAUUUGCAUGUUGUGUGUUUGAUGUCGGUCGGUUCCACGAGGUGCGAGCAGCUAAACUACACAUGUACAUUAACAAGAAUGAUAAAUAUUCCACAUCAAUCUGAUACAGACGACACAGAGCUGCUCCGUCGCCCCCCCCCCCCCCCCCCCCCCCACGACUCCAGUGCACAGCCGGUGCGUUUGUUCCUUUUUUUAGCUGCUGUGUGGUUUAACGAUGUAGCGACAAAGACAGAUUGUGUUUGUGUGCGUGGGUUUUUGUUUUGUUUUGUUUUGUUGUUGUUUUCAUACUCAGGUUUUUACUAACCCGGCCUAGUUACUAACCCGGCCUAGUUACUAGUUACUCCGCCCACCGUCUGACGCGGUGGGCGGAGUAACGUGUCGUUAAAGUGUGUGUGUGUGUGUGUGUGUGUGUGUGUGUGUGUGUGUGUGUGUGUGUGUGUGUGUGUGUGUGUGUGUGUGUGUGUGUGUGUGUGUGUGUGUGUGUGUGUGUGUGUGUGUGUGUGUGUGUGUGUGUGUGUGUGUGUGUGUGUGUGUGUGUGACCGAGGGUGAAUGUGAUGUCUAAGUAGCCGAAGGUGACUUUUUUUUCUCCCAAGCUUCCGGUGAUUUAAAUCAAAAAGUGGAAAUAACUGUACUUUUUAAAAAAACACUGUUGUGCGCUUAGUGACAUGCCGUUUAGUUCAAACUAACAAAUUCUUAUCUACCUAGAAGCCUUCAGUCAGAUAAAUAGAGGAUAAAUAAAGUUGCAGUAUCGUGGUGUCUCAGCUGCUGUCGCCUGGAUGUAGAUGAAGAACUGCUCAGUGGGGUGGACGCGUCUCUCCAUAGGAAAUCACUGUCUCUCUCGCUCCGUGCCCGUGAAGGGGAGAGGCGGUCGUGUAGGAAGACGUUCGGUUCUGUUCUGUGUGUGUUGUCAGGUUCAUCACAUUAUUUAUUUUAUUUCCCAUGUUUUAACUUCACAUGUUUGGAGACGUGGGUUCACCAGCUGAAUGUCGAGCACUUAGUAAAAGCUUUGCUGAUUGAAGAAGUGAAACGGAUAAAAAAAAAUAAAUUCUCGUUUUUUGUUGAUUUCUUUUUGUUGAUUUAUUUGUUUUUGACAUGACACUUGAGUUAUCGCUGACUUGUUGUAGUUGUUUGACUUUUUAUCUCGGUAAAGUGUCAUGUUUUCCACUGCAUGGUUUUUGAAGAUGAAGCUGUAUAUGUUUGCAUUUUAUUUUAAAGAUGUGUUUAAAUAAAAAAUGAAAUAAGGACAUGCAGCUGAUACACCAAAACAAGUUUCAACAAUAAAGUGAAUGUCAGACA